UGAUCCUGCAACAAACGUCAUGGACGCUUCCGGUAUCAAGCAAGCGCUCGGCCUCUUCUUGACGCAACUUCCCGAUGAAAUCAUACUUGAAGACCAUGAAACGAUUGAAGACGCUCUGUCGAGGUUGCGUGUGGCCUUGCAGAACAUGUGCACAUCGACCCCAGCGUUCUGGAAGCUCGCUCUCGUAACGCGCAUGAAGGACCUCGUGCGUGACAACAUGGCAUCGAUCAUCGAAGGCACGGUCGAAGGCGCGAUGCAGGUCGAUCCGUCGUGGAUGACCUUGGCAGCUCCAAACGACGACGUGCCUGACACCAACAAUCCGUUGGACGCAAUCCUCGACGACAUGCUCGCAAAGCAUCCUGUCGCGUUCCUCAACCUUCAGCGCCAGCUGUCGGACAAAGUGGCGGCGGACGUCCGAGGCAUCAUGGACUACCUGCAGAAACAUGUCAAGUCCAGCGCCGACCUCCAUCAACUCUUCAGAGACAGUGCGAACACGUUGGUGAACACCGUCGACACCACUAUGCCGUCCACCCGGCCAAUUCACCAGACGCAACCGCGUCGAGACACUCAAGUGUUUAGCCUAGACAACUUGGGCGACGACGACGAAGAAUGGGGGGAUGGCCGCGGGGAAGGCGCGUCGGAGUUCUCGAUGGACGCCAUGAUUAGCCGAAUGCAGCCGCAGCAUAGCUCGAAUGUUUCGUCCCGUGCAGACUUUAUUCAACACCUUGAACGCAUUCCUAUCGAUCGCAUUGUUGACGCCGAUUCAGACCUACUUCGGUUUUGCAACGCUCUCGUGCCACUCUUCUUCCACGUCGACAUUUGCGACAGAGUCGUCGCGUUCUACUGGAAACUUGUCCACGCGACCGACGACGACAUUGCGAUACAGUGCACGUUGUACGUCGACUUGAUCGCAACGCUUUUGGCACUGUCGCCGUCGUGUUUGUUUCUGCGAAAGCAGUCGGUUGAACGUGGGGCCCCGGGUACCCAACCGCGGCACCACCACCAUCACCACCCCCCCGACGACCACCAGCGCCCCCUUCUAAGCGUCAGUCGCCUAGUCUAUUCGUUUCUCAAGCUGCUACCAAACAAGUGGAUCUACGCGCCGAACGAGGUCCGCGCCAACGCCAUGUUGGCGACCUGUAUGUUCCUCUGUCAUUCCGUCGACGAUGUCGCAGUUUUCAGCCACGGGGGGGGGAUCUCGUCGGAAGCCCCCAAGUCAUCCUGUGUGUUGCCGCCUUCGAGUCUGUUGGCGUACUUGGAUGCCCCGAGUCUCUGGUUCAUGCAGUGGCAGUUGAAGAGUCCAGUGAAACAACAGUGGCUUCGCAUCGUGGUACAAAGUGGUUUAUUGAGGCACUUGGUCGCUCGGCUAGUGUUUGCCCACAAUCGAAUGGACUUGUGGCGCAAGGUCCACCGGUCGGCUUCCCCUCCCGCCGCCGCCGUCCUCAGCCGUCGUCAAAGUGCCAAAGCAGCGACGGUGAAUGUACCCCCCCAACACCCAUCGACCUCUCACACGUACGGCGUACUGCACCAACGCCUAUUGAUUCAAACGGUGCACAUGCUAGUUGCCGUACUGCCCCAUUCGACGAUUCACGAUGCGUUUCCAGUUGAGGUGACCAACCCGUACAAGGAGUCGCCUACUCGACGGACGAAGGAAUCGCGCGCCGCCUGCCUCGAACCCGAUGAAGCCACGAAUAAUCUCAUGUUCAACCUAUCUCGGGAGACUACUAGUACUACUCCUGGUAGUACCCCCCCCCAGCGUGAUGUGUCGGACACUAUAACCGUGUCGUACGAUGCCGUUUGUCUGCAUGCGAUGCUGAUGUGCAUGUUGGAAGGGUGGACGGCAGAUUUGUGGGAUGCGCAGCAGCCCCCCGCAAGUGCAUCGACCUCGUCCGGUCCAGAUUUCACCGACGCCCUCUUCUCACGCAUUCGCAACCCAAUCACUUAUGUCACCCUAUUGAAUGUACUCUCGACCAGCGUGGCUUCCUUUCAACGCGACCCUACGACCAUUCCGCUGGCUCAAGAUACAAACUCGUUUCGAUUCCCGUACGAGGCAUCAUCGGGGAACAUGUUUCAAUCUGGCCACAGCAAGGCGCAGCUGAUGCAUUUUGUGACCAACGUCAUUCCUCGACAGGUCAACACCACUACCACCCCCACCACCGCAGCCAUACAUUGUCGCAUACUAGCCAACAUCACACACAACUGGCUACCGCGAGUCAUCCGCGCCGCCAUGUCCUCCCCUUCCCAAGGCAUUUGCGAGUGCGUUGUGGUGUUGCUAAGUGAGCAAUGGUGCAAUGUGGACAUCGUCAAGGCCGUGGCCGCGUCCGUGUCACAGACGCCGUCGCCGCUUUUGCACGUUCUCCGAAUUCCAUCGUUCGUGCCAGCGAUGCGUGCGCAUGUGAUAGGUCUUCCCGCGGCGGAUCGAGAGCUCAUCGUGUCGGAUCUAUGCGGGACAGCCCUUGGCUUACUCCACUUUCACGACUUGCUGGUUCCGCAGGCCCCCCUCCUCGACGCGACGUGGGCCCCCCCGCCGCCCCGUCGGUCGAUGCUUCGCAUUUGUCAACUGGCAAACGUACCGGCCGUUGCCAAGGGAUGGUUAGAACACCCGACACGACUUGAGCGGUGGCGCCAGGCUUUCGAACGCAUCCAGGACCACCCGGACGGAUUAGAGGCAGUUUACGGGGACUUGGCCCAGUGUCCGUACGACCUUCGCACGGAAGUGCACGACUGGUGGCACUUUCGACGGCUUUGUGCGACACCGUAUGCCGCCCACGCUGCGUUUCCCCCACACAAAGUGUUUGGACCACGAUGCGACGACGUCCAAACGUACUUGAUGUCAGUGUUUUGUUUUGACUUGUCUGCGACAACGUUUGACGGCGCCGAGGCUGUUUGUGACAAGUACAUGGAAUCCUGGUUUCCGCCGUGCACGUGUCAUCGUCGUCGUCGUCCCCCCACCCACUCUGAAGAUGCGACCACCAACGACGACGACGACGGGGUGGAUCAGUCGACUACUGGGUGCAUGCUGGACCCGCCAAGUUGGAUGCAGCACAGUGUCCGGCAGAUCCUCGCUGGCGUGGGGGGUGCCCAUGAAUGGAAACGAAGCUGUUCUAUGGACACGCUCCCGUCAGUCCCGGGGGUCCCUUGCAACCCCGACACCAAUCGGGUCCUUCAAGAUACAACUGCCGCCGCCGCGUUGACAGCGCUGCAUCUGUCUGUGCAGCAAGUGCUGGAGCGUGUGGCUGCCUCGACAUCGUCGUUGGACUUUCACGAGCACGUCGUCGAUGCAUUGUGGCACACGCUAGACUGUUUAGAGGACAUUUGGGGCGUAUCGACGUCUGGGCCAAGUGUGGAGAUGACUUCGUGGAUGGGGGAUAUUCUGUGGGCGGUCGUGUGCAGUGGCACCAGUCGAUCGAGUUCCAGACUCAACGAAUCAAACGUACGACAGAAGCAACCCACUGCCGACGCCGACGACGGCAGCGUCGAUCGAGCUCUGUCGUGGGCCAACAAGUGGAUGAAAGCGUACACAAGACGAAUCUAUCAUCCGUUUUCGAGUGCCGAGGGCUGCAGUAGCAAUAGCAGCAGUAGCACUCUGCUUCGAACGCUCUUCCAAGCGAUGGGGACCGCCGCCGCCGAUCCAUUUGUAUGGACCUGCGUCAUGAUGUUUGCAGCUCGGAAGGUCGACGCCGAGGUCGUGACCUUUUUUACGACGCUGCGAAACCACGACAAUAUGGCAGCGUACUUGUGGCCCCAACUACAAGGACAUGUCCACUUGAACCGGCCGCUGACGCGCGUGGCGGCUGCCGUCGAGUUGAUUCUCCACGCUGACUUUCCCCAUAUCGAACUGGCGUUGCGUCGCCUCGACUGUCCCGUGCUCAGUCUGGUGCUUCGGUGGCAACAAGGAUGCUUUUGGAACGUGCUCAACUGGGGAGACAUCAUGGGCUUUGUCACGCUGGUGUGUGUGCACGGCGUCGACAGCCUCGUCUACUUGUACGUGGUUGUGCUGCACCACAUCGCCACGCACCAGCUGGACGCGGUCGCGACGGGUGCCGCCCUCCUGCAGCUCCAGAUCACCCCGCGGUUAAGCUGGAGUGCGUACCGGCCCCUCUUUAACCGACUGCGCAAAGCCCACUAUGAGCUCGUGGCUGAAAUCCUCGCCCAACCUGUCCAGUCCGAUGCAACCCCCCAAUACACCCACGGCAUCGCAGGUUCGAACCUAACAUCAAACUCGCCAACGGCCACCAAGUCGGAAAAGUACCUACGUAGUACCUAGGUAGUACCUAGCGUCCGUACGUGGUGGACCGGUAGUUGCGUUAACUUGCAAUCGAGUACAUAUCCUGGUGUGGACGAAACACAUAAGGAGGAGGUCGAGGAGAUAGGACGC